GUCUGCAAUUUGCUGCGUCCGUGCUGAAUUGCCAUCGCUGCUGCUUUGGUCCUGACGUCCGUCCUCACCCGUCGCUGUAAAGCUGCCCGUCGUCAGUCCCAAUUCUUGGAAAGAAAUACUUCAAACUAGAAUUUUAGCGGACGCAGAUAAGAUGGAAAGAAAAAGGAGCUCUUCUCUGGAAACGGGAUCCACGAGCCAUGGCUCCUCUGGAAUUCAGUACGAUGUGUUCUUGAGUUUUCGAGGCCCGGAUACUCGCACUACCUUCACAGAUUACCUCUAUCAUACCCUGCUGGAUAAGGGUAUCAGUGUUUUCAUAGACAAGCAGGGGAUUGACGUUGGUGGAGAGAUCGGUCCCAAGAUUUACCAAGCCAUCAAUGACUCGAAAAUCUGCAUUCCCAUCUUCUCUAGCAAUUACGCCUCUAGUAGCUGGUGCUUGCGCGAGCUAGAACACAUGAUGCAGCGUUGGAAAACCAACGAAUUGGAGGUUAUGCCCAUUUUCUAUGAUGUGGAACCUUCUGACGUGAAGCUUGAAACCGGAGUGUAUGUGGAUGCACUAACUCUGCAUAAAGAAAAACAUGGGCCUGAGAUUGUGCAGUGCUGGGCGGAGUCACUCAAGGAAGUUACUGGAAUCAAGGGAUGGGACACCAAGAACACAGGCCACGGAGAACUUGCCCAUUUGAUUGCUCGGAAAGUGUUGGUUAAACUUAAGGUGUCUUGUGUGCAUAUAUCCGAUCAUUUAGUUGGAAUGGACGAGUCAGCAAAUGAAGUAGUAGAUUUGCUGAAUGUUACAUCUGAGGACGUAAGGCUCAUUGGUAUGUGGGGAAUGGGUGGAAUAGGCAAGACAACUCUUGCCAAGGUUGUCUACAACAAACUAUCUACUAAUUUUGACAGUUGUAGCUUCAUUUCAGAUAUUCGAGAAGCAUCGCAAGGUUCUGGUCUGUUAAAUAUGCAGAGGCAGUUACUCUCUGACAUCAUUGGUAACGUAGUGGUUGAACCUUCUAGCAUUGAUCAUGGAAAGAAUAUGAUCAAAAAUCGAUUUUGCAGAAAGAAAGUUCUUAUUUUUCUUGAUGAUGUAGAUCAUGAGCACCAACUUAUGGCAUUGGUAGCAAAGGAAGAAUGGUUUGGUUCGGGAAGUAGAAUAGUUGUUACAACAAGAGACAGAAGUGUUUUCUGUAAACUCCAAUAUCAGUUUGAACAUUGUUUGAUUUAUGAAGUUAAGGAACUCAACAAUCUCACAGCUCUUCAACUGUUUAGCAAGCAUGCCUUUAGAAGCAACUCUCCUCCAAAUGCAUUCUUGAGUUUGUCUAAGAAAGUUAUUGCAAAAACCGGAGGGCUUCCACUGGCUAUUGAAGUUAUUGGCUCAUUGUUAUGUGGAAAAAAAGAGGAAAGAGUGUGGCAAGAUACAUUGAAAAAGAUGGAAUAUUGUCAACAGAGGGACGUGAAGGAAAAGUUAAUGUUGAGUUAUCAGGCAUUAGAUCAUCUGCAACAACAAAUAUUUCUUGAUAUCGCUUGCUUUCUAGCUGGACAAGAUAAGAGCUAUCCAUGUUACAUGUGGGAUGGCUGUGGAUUUUUUCCAAGUGAGGGGAUUGAUGUUCUGCUUUUAAUGUCCUUAGUGAAGAUUAGAGAAUGGAAUGAACUAUGGAUGCAUGAUCAGCUUAAGGACUUAGGCAAGAGCAUUGUGUAUGAAGAAAAUUGCAAAGACCCCACAAAGGGUUCUCGAGUGUGGCGGGAUUGGCAAGGUGGUUCAAAUAUUGUCCAGCAAAAGAAGGGAACCGAAACUGUUGCAGCAUACUAUGAUCAAUCUAAGGAGCCUCUCCAAGACUCUGUUUUGACAUCAAAAGACUUUAUCAAAGUGCCAAAUAUUAGAUUUCUCUCAUUGUCUGGUUGGACCCUCUCUGGAGACUUUGGGGAUCUCUUUUCAGAAUUGAGAUGGCUUACUUGGGGGGAUUGUCCAAAAGAAAUACAAGCAACCAACUUUUGCCCAAAAAAUCUAGUCAUCCUUGACCUGUAUCAGAGCAGCUCAAUAGAUGAACAUUGGGGUGGUUGGACUCAACUCAAGGUGGCUACAAGAUUGAAGGUCCUUAAUCUGUUGCCUUGCAGAAUGUUGAAACAAACUGAUAAACUUUUUGCAUUUUUAUCCUUAGAAAAAUUAAUUCUAAAGGGGUGUAAAAUGCUUAAGAAACUUUCUGACUUGUUUGUCAUGCUGAAAUAUUUAGUUGAGUUAGAAGUCUUCUGCACAAGUAUUGUAGAGUUGCCAAAUAACAUUGUCAAUUUAAAGAGCUUGAAAGUGUUGAAGAUUAACGAUAGUUGCAUGCAAAAGUUACCUGAUGCCAUUGGGAUAAUUGAGAAACUUGAAGAAAUUUAG